AUGGCUGCUGCAGUUGGCAAAUACGUCUCCAAGCUCGCCGGCAAGCGCGUCCUUGUCAUUGGCGGCUCCUCAGGCGUCGGCUUCGGCGUCGCGGAGGCUGCCCUCCAGAACGGCGCCUCUUCCGUCUUCAUCUCCUCGUCCUCUCAAUCCAAGAUCAGCAGCGCCAUUGAGCGCCUCAAGAGCAACAACACAUCCACCAAGACUGAGGUCCAGGGCUUCCCCUGCAACCUGGCUUCUUUUGACACCCUCAACUCCGAGGUUGAGAAGCUCUUUUCUGAGGUUUCCAAGACUGGCAAGCUCGACCAUGUUGUCUUCACAGCUGGUGACCAGAUUGCUGUUGGCAAGCUUGAGGACUUUACUCUCGACGCUCUCAAGCAGGCUGGAGCCGUGCGCUUCUUUGCGCCCCUGGUGAUCGCCCAGCAGCUCCGCAAGAACCUCAACGAGAGCACCACAUCCUCAUACACCAUUGCUACAGGCGGCGCUCAGGAGCACGUCGGCAAGGACUGGACGGUGAUGCAGUCGUACCUUGGCGGCAUCCGCGGCAUGACCCGAGGCUUGGCGGUCGAUCUGGCGCCCAUCCGCGUCAACGCCGUGGCCAUGGGUCCCACUGACACCGAGAUCUGGGGCAAGGUCAAGGAGAUGGGAUACUGGGACCACGUGACGGGCAAGAUGAAGGCCAGGAUGACUACUGGUGCCAUCGGCGCCGUUGAGGACGUGGCUGAGGCGUAUGUGUACCUGAUGAAGGACAAGAAUGCUUCUGGUAGCAUAGUUGAGACUACUGGUGGUACUCUGAUGUCGAUGUCUUAG